AUGAAUCAAUGGGGGUUCUCAUUUAAGCAUUCAUAAAUAAAAGAUGAAUUCGACUCCUAUGGAGGAUUAUUAAAAGUUGAUAAUUAAAAAAAAAUGUAAAAUUAUUCAGACUAACCUUUAAAAGGUUACAAAACGAAUAAUAAAAAAAAUAACAAUAAAAGACCUAAUAGGAAUUAAUAGAUGGACCUUUAUGAACAAAAAUAUAAAAAUUCCGAUGAACGUUAGUAAUAUUCUCAAGUAAACACAUAUAAUAAUAAUAAUGAACAACAAAUGAAUUCAAAUAACUAUGAACCUUAGUAUUAUGGAUAUAAUUAGCAUGAUAAUAAUCAUCAAGAUUAAGAUUCUUGGAAUUAAUCUAAUUAGCCAUAAAAAUCAUAAUAGCAGAAUUAAUACUAAUAUUAAUAAUAGCAAUAACAAUAGCAAUAGCAAUAAUAUCAAUAAUAAUCAUAGCAAUAACAAUAUCAAUAUUAAUAACAAUAACUACAACAAUAACAUUAAUAAUCGUCAUAUCAAUAGCAAUAAUUAUAAUAUUCACAAUAAAUAUAACCAUUCCCUCAGUAAACCUCAUUUCCUGUUCAACCCCUUUAUUAAAAUUAAUUCUAAUUUAAUCAAUAAAUACCACCACAACAAGAAUAAUCAAAUCCGUUGAAUAUCAUGUAAGAUUUGUAGCUCAAUUAAAAUCAUACUCAAAAUGAUACUGGUUUUACCGAAGUCUAAAUAAGUCAGUACAACUAGCCGUCAAAAAAUAAUUCCUAAAUAAAUUAGAGCUCUCAAAUCCCUAAAUCAAUAAUAACUUCCCUUGCAAAAGAAGAGUAACUAGAUAGUUAUUAUAACUCUUAUCAUAAAUUAAUAGAUUAUUUUUUUCAAUAUGCAGACAUCGAGAUUAAAAUUUCUAAUAUUAAUCCAAUUGUUGAACCAAGAUUGAAUGAAAUUUAUUUUGAUCUCAAAGAAUUGAGAUUAAAGAUAUAACAAAUUGACAUUGAAGACUAAUUACGUGCAAAUAGGACUUACUAAGUAAAAGAACAAUAGGAAAACAACAUUUCUUAAAAGGAUAAAAUGAUUAUUCUACAUAGUCUCAUAAUUGAAAAUCUAUAUCGAGAGGCCGAAAAUCACAAAUCAAAAAUAUUAAUAAGCUACCAAAAAUAUCAAUAUAAAAUAAAUCCAUUAGAUCAGCACUACGAAGAGAACGCUAAAAACUUUUAUUUAAUUUUCAAAAAAAAAUGGGAUAAUCACAUUAUAUUGAUCGAAUAAUGCAAAUCAGAAUUUGAAGCUAAUUCCAAAAUAAAAUUAUUGAAAGUACCCAGAAUCAACUAAUCCUUCUGCAAAGAACUUGGUUUUCAAAAUCCAAUUAUUAUGUUGACAUCUGAUCUUAAUCUGGUAACCUUGAGUACCACAGCUUUAUACAAUGACGGAUUAGCAUUAUAAAAAAAAACCAAUGAAAUAAUAGUUAUAAACUCCUUUGAUCAAAAUUAGAAAGAAAAUAUCUCAACUUUAAAUGAUAAGUUCUAGAAAUUUCUUCAGGAUCCCUAAUAUAUAAAAAAUGUUAAAGAAACUUUCGAUAUUGACUGUUAACCACAAAAGGAUAUUAAUGAGAUUGACAAAUGCAUACAAGCACUUUAAGCAAGAGAAUAUAUAGAAAUAACAGUUACCACCCCAAUAUUUAAUUUAUAAAAUAAAGGAAAGUAUUUAGUAUAAGCUGAAUUGCAACUAUGGAUAGAAGGCUAUUAAACAUAAGAGAUGAUUAAUUAAAAAUUAAAAGUUGUGAAAUAACAAUUAAAUGAAAUCUACAAUCCACCAAUAAUAAUAUAGGUAUUUGAAUAAGAAAAAAUUAAUUUGUGGAAGAAUUAUUUAGGUUCCCUUUUUGAAAAUCAAAAUAAUUCAAAGGAAUGCAUAACUAGAGAGGAUAAGGGUAUAUUAACAAUUGAACUUAAUGGGCAUUAAGAUGUAAUUUAUGAAAAGAAAGAGAAAAUAGAAACUUUGUUUAAACAAUUUUAAUGCAAAAAUAUUGAAUAUUAAUGUGAAAAUGACAUACUUAAGGUGUUAGUGAGUAAGAAAGCUUAAUUAUCAAAAUUAUUUAAAGCAAUUUUUACAGAAAUUGCUUCAGAAUUUGGACAAUGCUAGAUUUAAAUGAUUGAUGUUAAUGAAAAAUCACUGACUGUAAUAAUUGAGGUUUACUUUAAUUCAAUAGAUUACAAAUUUACAAAUAUAAGUGCAAAAGUUGUUCAGUUUUUGUUUGAUCUAGAUUACAUACUAUUAAAAAUUAAUUUUAAAGAGUUCUUAUAGUUUUAAGGUCUAAAAGAGAUUUAAUUUUAGGAAUAGUAUCAAGUUGCUGUAGCAAUAGGAAAGUAAAAAGAAGUUGGGAUCAUUGGGAGAUAAAAGGAAUUAGAUGAAAUAAAAUAAAUGUCGAAAUAGUUUGAUCAAUCAAAGAAAGAGAAUUAUACUUCUAUAAUUAUUGAUUGCGAUAAUAAAUUGGUUUUUAAUAGAAUUAAAUAGUUAAACUCAAAGCCUAAGUAAGAUGCCAAUGUUGAUGAUGAAAACGCUGUAGUGAUUAGCUUUCCAUAGGAGAAUAAGAUAAUGAUAUAAGCAUCUAAGAAAUAGAUUUAAUAAGAAAAGGAUAAGAUGAAUAACAAGAUCCAAUAAUUUAAAGGUGAAAUUUCAACUAAGUCUUGUUAAUUCUCUGAUAAGGAAGUUAAAUAUAUUGAUAAAAACUUUAAAUCACUUUUGGAAAAAUUACAAAAGAAUAAUGAAAUAAUAAUAUCUACUUCUUCUCAAGGUCCAAUAUCAUUAUAAUCAGAGAAAUCUGCAGCAUGUACUUUGGAAUAUUAAAAUAAGAAGAUUCAAAUAAUCUAUGGAGACAUCUCAACUAUUUAAUGUGAUGCAAUAGUCAAUUCUUGUAAUAACAAAAUAUCUUUUGGUGAUUCAUUAUAGUUAACUGGUGUUGCUUAAAGUAUCUUCUAGUUGGGAGGAACAUAAUAUUCAUCAGCUUGUUAGGAAUACAUCAGAAAGCAUUAUGAGUUAGAGAUAGGAAAGGUUUUCACCUAUAAGAUGCCAAAUGAUAGACAGAUUAAAUAUAUUCUUAAUGUAGCCACACCAGUAUAUUCUGAAGGAUUUGUAACAGAUGAGGAUUUGAAAAAGAUUUAACAUAACAUAGAGGCGAUUUUCAAAGAAAUUAACAAUUUAGAUGUAAAGACUUUAACUCUUCCUAUUUUUGGAGGAGGGGCAUGUGGAUACGGUUUUAAUUAAGUUACCUAAGUGGUAUUGAAUAGUGUUAUAAAUUCUUUAUAUUUUUAAAAGAACUCCAUAGAAGCAAUUUACAUAGCAGAGUUAAUAGAUAUCAAAGUUGAUUGGCUGACUAAAAUACUCAAAAAUAUCUUAAAACCUCCUGAGAAGGAAAGGUAAGUAAAAUAUUAAUGGUAAUGGUAAGAUAACUAAGCCUUUAAAAAUUAUGAUGAUGAAGAUAUUAAUAAUUAGAUAGAUGAGGCAUACGAAUAAUUUUAAUAGACAGGCAAAGAUUAGAAGGUGAUGUUGAAAUUUCCAUUCUCCAAACAGCCUGGAACUCAUACUGUUAAUCUGGAUUCAUUAAUAGUUACUGAUAUCUCAUUAAAAACUACGAAGAAAAUAAUUUCAAAGAAAGUAUCUAAUUCAAAGAGAUUUUAUUUUGAUGAAGAUGUAUUAGACGAUUAAUAAAAUGAAUAUUUGCUGCUUUAAGAAUUGAACAACAUAAAAUAAUUUGACAUCUUUUAUAAGAAACAUUAUGUAGAAUUUAAGAAGGGUGAGAUGUAUUAAAUGAAUUAAGAGACCCAAUUUAAGAGAACCAUAAAGCCCGUUUAAUACGUAUCCAAAAAGACUAAGUCAUAAGGAAAACCUAAUAAAUUAGUUGGUAAAGAUUUCACAUUAAUCGAAUCUCAGAAUUAAGUUUCCAAAUUAGUUUAAUAAAAAUCUAACUGUGAUUAAUUAACUCUAUAAUCAUUUGAUGGAUCUCUUAAUGAAAUGAUUUACAAAUAGGUUAAAGCUGAAUUGGAGAAAUAGGUUUUGGAGUUUAAAUUUGAUGUCCCUAAUCUAUCAGAUAGUGGACUUUAAGAAAUGCAAUAGUUUAUUUAAUCGAUUGCAUUGUCCAUUAAUGGGAGAUUUAAAUAAGGGGAGAAAAUUUUACUAAAAAUUUUUGAAAAAAAAAAGAAUAAGAUUGUUAAUUAUAUUAAUUCAAUAAAAUCUUAAGAAAAGGCAUAUCCAGAUACUUGGGUACCAUAGAGUCAAAAUUUGUUGAGGACUGCUUUGUAACCAAACUCAUAAGAAUACUAAAAAAUAGCGAACUUGUUUAAGAAGACUGAUGCUGGAUAGAUAUAUGAGAUUUACAGAAUUUAAAAUAAAUCCUUAUGGGAUAAUUAUAAUGCAGAAAAAAAUAAGUUGAUAGAGAUACAUAAAUAAUAAGGUACAAACUUAAAAGCUAUUGAAAUUGAUAGAUAUUUAUGGCAUGGAGUCAGAACGUAACAUCCUCAAAUAAUCUAUUCUGGCUUAAAGGAAGCUUUUGAUUAAACAUACAGCAACAUUGGUAUGUGGGGUGCUGGUAUCUACUUUGCAGAAAAUGCUAGUUAUUCUAGAAAUUAUUCCUAUAAAUUAUAAUUUUAAGAUAGUGCAAAUAAUGUAGGUAAGUUGAUAUUUUUAUGUUGUUUGGUAACAACUGGGAGAGUUGAAGUAAGAUUGCCAGAUCAAAAUAUCAAAAGGCCUUCUUAAGGUUUUGAUUGUGUUUCAGGAAACACCAAUGGAAGUGAUGUGUUUAUCCUCUACUCAAUGGAUAUAAGAAGAGCAUAUCCAGCAUAUGAAAUAAUCUAUACAUGA